UUCUCUUGCACCCAACGACUAGAUAGGAUGUGUGAGAGGACUAUGGUGAUUAUACUUAGUUUUUAUGACUUCAAUCAAAAGUUUGUUAUUUUAAAAUAACACCGGAGCGUGUUAUUACUUCUCUGGCAGAGUUUGAGGAAGAAUCUGUCAGAGUUUUUUACUAUGAUUUUAACCGGAGUAGUUAAGAUCAUAUUGCUGUUCUCGGCCAUCUGAGGGAGGUAAAGGCUUCAGAUCAGGGGACAGCGGGCAGAGGAAUCUGCAUUGAGGUAUGUAGCAGUUUUUAUUUUCUGAAUGGAAUUGAUGAGAAAAUCCUGCCAUACCGUUAAAAUGACAUGUAUGUAUACACUUCAGUAUUCUGGGGAUGGUAUUUCACCGGAACUACUCUGUUAAAGGUCACUAAUCCUUUUUAAUAACUAUUUAUCAUGUUAAACGUUUUUGCUGGAAUGUAGAAUCGUUUACAUUGCUGAGGUACUGUGUGAAUAAAUAUUUGGGCAUUAUUUUCCACUUGGCAGUUUUUUGGCUUUAUUUGUGACAGUUUCGUUUCUCUUCACUGCUGUGUGGGAGAGGGAGGGGCCGUUUUGGCGCUCUUUGCUACGCAUCAAAAAAUACCAGUCAGUUACUUUUAUUUUUCCUGCAUGAUCCGGUUCAUCUCUGAUAGAUCUCAGGGGUCUUCAAACUUCUUUGAAGGGAGGUAAAUUCUCUCAGCAGAGCUGUGAGAAUUCUUAUAGUGACUGUGAAUAAAAACGUUGCUUUGUAUUUUUUAUGUCAAAUUUAAUUAUUGUUAUUUUACUAAUGGGAACAAACCUUUGCUAAAAGUUUUGUUGUUUUAAAGUUUGAUGCUAUAACUGUUUUUCAGUUCACUAUUUCAACUGUCAUUUAAUCGUUAGUACCUCUUUGAGGCACAGUACUUUUUUUGCUUGUGUGUUAAACAUGUCUGACUCAGAGGAAGAUAUCUGUGUCAUUUGUUCCAAUGCCAAGGUGGAGCCCAAUAGAAAUUUAUGUACUAACUGUAUUGAUGCUACUUUAAAUAAAAGUCAAUCUGUACAAUGUGAACAAAUUUCACCAAACAGCGAGGGGAGAGUUAUGCCGACUAACUCGCCUCACGCGGCAGUACCUGCAUCUCCCGCCCGGGAGGUGCGUGAUAUUUUGGCGCCUAGUACAUCUGGGCGGCCAUUACAGAUAACAUUACAAGAUAUGGCUACUGUUAUGACUGAAGUUUUGUCUAAAUUACCAGAACUAAGAGGCAAGCGUGAUCACUCUGGGGUGAGAACAGAGUGCGCUGACAAUGCUAGGGCCAUGUCUGAUACUGCGUCACAGCUCGCAGAGCAUGAGGACGGAGAGCUUCAUUCUGUGGGUGACGGUUCUGAUCCAAACAGAUUGGACUCAGAUAUUUCAAAUUUUAAAUUUAAAUUGGAGAACCUCCGUGUAUUACUAGGGGAGGUCUUAGCAGCUCUCAACGAUUGUAACACCGUUGCAAUACCAGAGAAACUGUGUAGGUUGGAUAAAUACUUUGCGGUACCGGCGAGUACUGACGUUUUUCCUAUACCUAAGAGACUAACUGAAAUUGUUACUAAGGAGUGGGAUAGACCCGGUGUGCCGUUCUCACCCCCUCCAAUAUUUAGAAAGAUGUUUCCAAUAGACGCCACCACUCGGGACUUAUGGCAAACGGUCCCCAAGGUGGAGGGAGCAGUUUCUACUUUAGCUAAGCGUACCACUAUCCCGGUGGAGGAUAGCUGUGCUUUCUCAGAUCCAAUGGAUAAAAAAUUAGAGGGUUACCUUAAGAAAAUGUUUGUUCAACAAGGUUUUAUAUUACAACCCCUUGCAUGUAUCGCGCCGAUUACGGCUGCGGCAGCAUUUUGGAUUGAGUCGCUUGAAGAGAACCUUAGUUCAUCUACGCUAGACGACAUUACGGACAGGCUUAGAGUCCUUAAACUAGCUAAUUCCUUCAUUUCGGAGGCCGUAGUACAUUUAACCAAACUUACGGCUAAGAACUCAGGAUUCGCCAUACAGGCACGUAGGGCGCUGUGGCUAAAAUCCUGGUCAGCUGAUGUUACUUCUAAGUCCAAAUUACUUAAUAUACCUUUCAAGGGGCAGUCUUUAUUUGGGCCCGGUUUGAAAGAGAUUAUCGCUGACAUUACAGGAGGUAAGGGCCACGCCCUACCUCAAGACAAAGCCAAAGCGAAGGCUAGACAGUCUAAUUUUCGUCCCUUUCGGAACUUUAAAACAGGAGCAGCAUCAACCUCCACUGCACCAAAACAGGAAGGAGCUGUUGCUCGUUACAGGCAAGGCUGGAAGCCUAACCAGUCCUGGAACAAGAGCAAGCAGGCCAGGAAACCUGCUGCUGCCCCAAAGACAGCAUGAACCGAGAGCCCCCGAUCCGGGACCGGAUCUAGUGGGGGGCAGACUCUCUCUCUUCGCCCAGGCCUGGGCAAGAGAUGUUCAGGAUCCCUGGGCUCUAGAGAUCAUAUCGCAGGGAUACCUUCUAGACUUCAAAUUAUCUCCCCCAAGAGGGAGAUUUCAUCUGUCAAGGUUGUCAACAAACCAGAUAAAGAAAGAAGCGUUUCUACGCUGCGUACAAGAUCUGUUAUUAAUGGGAGUGAUCCAUCCGGUUCCGCGGUCGGAACAAGGACAAGGGUUCUACUCAAACCUGUUUGUGGUUCCCAAAAAAGAGGGAACUUUCAGGCCAAUCUUAGAUUUAAAGACUCUAAACAAAUUCCUAAGAGUUCCAUCGUUCAAAAUGGAAACUAUUCGGACAAUCUUACCCAUGAUCCAAGAGGGUCAGUACAUGACCACAGUGGAUUUAAAGGAUGCUUACCUUCACAUACCGAUCCACAAAGAUCAUCACCGGUAUCUAAGGUUUGCCUUCUUAGACAGGCACUACCAGUUUGUAGCUCUUCCAUUCGGAUUGGCUACGGCUCCAAGAAUCUUCACAAAGGUUCUGGGUGCCCUUCUAGCGGUACUAAGACCGCGAGGGAUUUCGGUAGCUCCGUACCUAGACGACAUUCUAAUUCAAGCUUCAAGCUUUCAAACUGCCAGGUCUCAUACAGAGUUAGUUCUGGCAUUUCUAAGGUCGCAUGGAUGGAAAGUGAACGAAAAGAAGAGUUCUCUCUUUCCUCUCACAAGAGUUCCAUUCUUGGGGACUCUUAUAGAUUCUGUAGAAAUGAAGAUUUACCUGACAGAAGACAGGUUAACAAAGCUUCAAAAUGCAUGCCGCGUCCUGCAUUCCAUUCAACACCCGUCAGUAGCUCAAUGCAUGGAGGUGAUCGGCUUAAUGGUAGCGGCAAUGGACAUAGUACCUUUUGCACGCCUACACCUCAGACCGCUGCAAUUAUGCAUGCUAAGUCAGUGGAAUGGGGAUUACUCAGAUUUGUCCCCUACUCUGAAUCUGAAUCAAGAGACCAGAAAUUCUCUUCUAUGGUGGCUUUAUCGGCCACACCUGUCCAGGGGGAUGCCAUUCAGCAGGCCAGACUGGACAAUUGUAACAACAGACGCCAGCCUACUAGGUUGGGGCGCUGUCUGGAAUUCUCUGAAGGCUCAGGGACUAUGGAAUCAGGAGGAGAGUCUCCUUCCAAUAAACAUUCUGGAAUUGAGAGCAGUGCUCAAUGCCCUUCUGGCUUGGCCCCAGUUAACAACUCGGGGGUUCAUCAGGUUUCAGUCGGACAACAUCACGACUGUAGCUUACAUCAACCAUCAGGGAGGGACAAGAAGCUCCCUAGCAAUGAUGGAAGUAUCAAAGAUAAUUCGCUGGGCAGAGUCUCACUCUUGCCACCUGUCAGCAAUCCACAUCCCGGGAGUGGAGAACUGGGAGGCGGAUUUCUUGAGUCGCCAGACUUUUCAUCCGGGGGAGUGGGAACUUCAUCCGGAGGUCUUUGCCCAAAUACUUCGACGUUGGGGCAAACCAGAGAUAGAUCUCAUGGCGUCUCGCCAGAACGCCAAACUUCCUCGCUACGGGUCCAGAUCCAGGGAUCCGGGAGCAGUUCUGAUAGAUGCUUUGACAGCACCUUGGAACUUCAGGAUGGCUUAUGUGUUUCCACCCUUCCCGCUGCUUCCUCGAUUGAUUGCCAAAAUCAAACAGGAGAGAGCAUCAGUAAUUCUAAUAGCACCUGCAUGGCCACGCAGGACUUGGUAUGCAGAUCUAGUGGACAUGUCAUCCUGUCCGCCUUGGUCUCUACCUCUAAGACAGGACCUUCUGAUACAGGGUCCAUUCAAACAUCAAAAUCUAACUUCUCUGAAGCUGACUGCUUGGAAAUUGAACGCUUGAUUUUAUCAAAACGUGGUUUUUCUGAGUCGGUUAUUGAUACCCUAAUUCAGGCUAGGAAGCCGGUUACCAGAAGGAUUUACCAUAAAAUAUGGCGGAAAUACCUAUACUGGUGCGAAUCCAAAGGUUACUCCUGGAGUAAGGUUAGGAUCGCUAGGAUACUGUCUUUUCUACAAGAAGGUUUAGAAAAGGGUUUAUCAGCUAGUUCAUUAAAGGGACAGAUUUCAGCUCUGUCCAUCUUGUUACACAGACGUCUGUCAGAAAAUCCAGACGUCCAGUCCUUUUGUCAGGCUUUAGCUAGGAUCAAGCCUGUGUUUAAGGCUGUUGCUCCACCAUGGAGUUUAAACUUAGUUCUUAACGUUUUACAGGGUGUUCCGUUUGAACCCCUUCAUUCCAUUGAUAUAAAAAUGUUAUCUUGGAAAGUUCUGUUUUUAAUGGCUAUUUCCUCGGCUCGAAGAGUCUCUGAGUUAUCAGCCUUACAUUGUGAUUCCCCUUAUCUGAUUUUUCACUCAGACAAGGUAGUUCUGCGUACUAAACCUGGGUUCUUACCUAAGGUAGUCACUAACAGGAACAUCAAUCAAGAGAUUGUUGUCCCAUCCUUGUGUCCAAAUCCUUCUUCAAAGAAGGAACGUCUUUUACACAAUCUGGAUGUAGUUCGUGCCCUCAAGUUCUACUUGCAGGCAACUAAAGAUUUUCGCCAAACUUCUUCCUUGUUUGUCGUUUACUCUGGACAGAGGAGAGGUCAAAAAGCUUCUGCUACCUCUCUCUCUUUUUGGCUUCGUAGCAUAAUACGUUUAGCCUAUGAGACUGCUGGACAGCAGCCUCCUGAAAGAAUUACAGCUCACUCCACUAGAGCUGUGGCUUCCACUUGGGCCUUUAAGAAUGAGGCCUCUGUUGAACAGAUUUGCAAGGCUGCAACUUGGUCUUCGCUUCAUACUUUUUCCAAAUUUUACAAAUUUGACACUUUUGCUUCUUCGGAGGCUAUUUUUGGGAGAAAGGUUCUUCAGGCAGUGGUUCCUUCUGUAUAAUGAGCCUGCCUUUCCCUCCCGUCAUCCGUGUACUUUUGCUUUGGUAUUGGUAUCCCAGAAGUAAUGAUGACCCGUGGACUGAU